CCCCCCCGGGCCCCGCAACGACUCCAGCCAUGGAGGUGGAGUUCGAGGAGGGGGAGCUCGCUGACUCGGACUCCGGCUCCGAGAACAACGGCAAGGCGCCACCAACUAAUAAUGGCAGCAGCGCUCAAGGCAGCAACAGCACCAAUGCGACGUUUGACGCCGGUGCUGCAGGGGGCCGCUCGUGCCCCCCUCUCAUCGACACAGCAGCCCGGUACCGCGCCACUAACAAGGGCUUUUCCAGUAAUGAUAGUGAUAGUGACUCGGAUGACGACGAGGAGCGCCUGUGGAGGAGAAAAAGGCUGAAGAACAAUAAUCAGCGGCCCCCCGUUCCGAUGGUAGCUCAGCCCAUUCCCCCAGCCAGGGGACCGGCUCGCCCGGCUUCCCGCCCUUCAGAUCAUUCCAGGAAGGUGAACAACGUCUGGGGCGCAGUGCUGCAGGAACAAUGUCAGGAUGCUGUGGCCCAGGAGAUUGGUAUUCUGGGUGUGGAGGCAGACCUGAGCAUCAGGACCCGUGAUUCUGAAAGUUACAACUACAUGUUGGCAAAAAAGAUUCGGCAAAAAGAAGAGACUCAAGAGUUGCUCAAACUAGAGGCUGAGUUGGAUGGCUAUAUGCACAAUGCGAGCAAGGAUAUGCAGUUGGCUGAGGAGCAGUGUGAGGACCUCAAGGAUGAAGCAAAUGCACAGUCCAGGGUUCAAAAGCGGAAGCGUAGGCCGGUGAAAGAACGGCUCGGUGAGAGGGCUGAAAUGGACUUUGUCGGUCGCUAUGAACUUAAAGAGGAUGAUCCAGCUGAUAGGAUAGCUGAAGAAAUUGCUUACAGGUUACGCGAAGCCAAAGAAGAUUUAAUUGUAAGAGUGGUGAACAUCAUCGGUGUUAAGAAAUCUCUCGAGCUCCUUUAUGAAACUGCUGAAAUUGAGCGGAAUGGAGGCUUGAUGAUUGUGAAUGGUACCAGAAGAAGAACCCCUGGAGGAGUGUAUCUGAAUCUUAUGAAAAGCACCCCCAGCAUCACCCAGGAUCAAAUCAAAGAAAUAUUCCACGAGGAAAAUCAGCGAGACUACGCAAGUAAAAAGGCAGCCUUGAAGCGACGGAAGCAUUUAGUGGCACGCUCAAUGAAGCGAGCGAUUCAGGGUCUGGAUCUGCAGGACCCUGAAGAUGACACUUCGCGCGAGACCUUUGCCAGCGACACCGCCGAAGCCCAGCUGGCUGCUCUGGAAGAUGUGUGCGGCCGUGAUGUACGCGCUCCAACUCCACAACCGCCUCCAAGCCCUGCCACAGGCGACUCACUCGAGCUUGAUCACCCAAACGACCUAGAACUCUUCUAACCUAACUAGAUUUCCUGAAGCUUGCUUCACAAUGUGUAUAUAUUUUACCACCUGUAGUUGUGUUUUCCUUCCUUCACCCUCCUUCAGUGUUUCCCCCGAGGCUUGUAACCUCAAGACUCAUGUCGUGUUUCCUUUGCAAACUUUUUUCAUUUCGGCAACAAUUAUACACAUUUGCCCGUAACAGUGUGCAGGAGCAGCAGAGGGUAGUAUCACUGGUACAUGAAAAUACCCAGAAAUGUCAGCAUCUAGAUGACAAGUGUACAAUUGAUUUAACCAUGUUUUUUUUUUAUGUGGUAAGGGCAUUGUUUGAUCAAAGCAAAAAAAUGCUCGAUUGUUAUAUUUGUUAUUUGAAGUGUCUUGAUGCAUACUCCAGUGUAUAUUAGUAUUCAAGUUAUGAGUUCACAUUUUCAUAAUAAUACAUUACACAUCCAUCAGUUUGUUUAAACAUGUUUCAUUUAGGGUUGCCAUGAUUUGGCAUUUUAUAUAUCGUAUGAUAUAUGACUCAAUAAUUGCAUCAUCCUUUUUUCAAAGUAUUGUUCAAUCAUGCUUAUUUUAUAUUUCUUAAAUACUGCAUUUCCUAUAAAAUGAGACAAAACUCAAUUAAAGUUAUUGAUAAAUAGCUAUUAUCGAUUCUAGAUUUGAAGCUUUCGUGACUGCAGGGAUUCAUACUCUUUGGUUUUUUCGGUAAGUCAUGUAGGUAAAAUAAAAGAAAAGAAAACUAAAUUAAAUCACGACGUUUCGGAGGCAACACAAGCUUCCGUCUUCAGGUGGAACAGUCAGCAGAAUAUCUUGUCAAGUGACACCUGAAGACGGAAGCUUGUGUUGCUUCCGAAACGUGAUUUAAUUUAGUUUUAUUUUACCUACGUGACUUUACCGAAAAAACCAAAGAGUAGCUAUUAUCCAGUUAGAGAUUUUACAAAAUAAUUUUCCCUGUAAUUCAUGGCAUGACGAUUAAGACAUUUUGUAGUUAAUUUAAAGAUUGUGUGGCUGACAGCAUGUGCCUUGUAAGCAUUAUAGAUUGUAAUCACAUGAGUUUUCAGUUUUGCUUGUAUUGAGGGAACUGCAGUUGAAGAACCCUAAGAGUAAUCUUUAGUCAUACUAGAAGUACAGCAAGGCACAAAAACAAGUGUGAAAUAGAAUUGCAUAGUUAUGGGAAACUGAUAUUGCGAUAAUCACCCUUGUAAAAUUUGAUGUCAUUGUAUUGUGAAAGAUUAUCAUGGCAACCCUAGGUGUGUAACGAUUUGGUUCAUUUACAUGUACAUGUCAUAACACAUCUAAAAGAAAAAUGUUUUAGAAAUUGUAAUAAAUAAUGCGAUGUACUAAA